AUGGAAACCUUAUUAGGUUAUGAGUUGAAGAAGGACCAACUGGAGCUCAUAACAAAUAUUAUGAAUAAAAGGCAUACCAUGGGCAUAUUGCCUACAGGUUUUGGUAAAUCUGAUGUAUACAUCACCCCGCCUUUAUUGUUGGACCAAGCAGAGCCUGGUAUUCACCACAUAUCCCUGGUUGUGAGUCCACUAAAAAGUUUGGUUAUGGAUCAAGUGGCCAACUGGUCAUUAAAAGGAAUAAAAUGUGCUGGCAUUGUAAACAGAGAUGAAAUGGAGGUGGAGACCAUUGAGGGUCUGAAAAGAGGAAGAUACAGUGUAAUUUUUAUGUCACCAGAGAGUGUUUUGGAAAUAGAUGACUGGUCAUUUAUUUUAGAAUCAGAAAUAUACACGAAAGGCGUAUGUCUUGUAGCACUGGAUGAGGCUCAUGUUAUUUGCACAUGGGGAGAAACUUUUAGGCCUGUUUACAAGCGAGUUGGAGAUUUCCGAGGCCAUUUCACAGGAGCAAGUUUGGCCAUAUUGAGUGCUACAUGCACAGAUAAAGUACAGAAGAUUAUUUUAAACACCUUGCAUUUAGAAGACAAAGAAGUUUUUACAAUAGCUAGGCAUCCUGACAGAACUCAAACCCAAACUGGUAGACAGUGGAGUAAUAUCAUGAAUUACUUGGGCAACCAUGCAUACAUUGACCAGAAAAAAAAUGUAAGAUGUAGAAUGGUCGAUGUCUUUCAUGCCAAUGUGGAAUUAGAGGACCAGAAAAGAGUACUGGAGAACUUUGCUCUAUCAGACAGCACAAUCAGAUGCGUUGUUGCUACUGUUGCAUUUGGCAUGGGGAUCAAUAUCCCAGAUGUCGAUUUGGUACUGCACUGGGGAGGGAGCAAUAAUAUUUUGCAAUAUUGGCAAGAAGUUGGGCGAUGUGGGAGAGAUGUCACAAGGAAGGGUGAGGCUUACUGUUAUGCAGUUAAAACCGAUAUUGUAAGGUGUGACGAAGAUAUGAAGAAACUUUGCAAUAACUUGAAUACAGGCAAAAUGAAGUGUCUCAGAAUUGCAAUUCUUCAAGAGCUGACAAUACCUGAAAUGGAUGCAGAAUACCUGAAGGGUCUCACUAACCGAGAUAGGUGUACACAAGCAUGUGGGGAAAAAUGUACAUGUCAUCACUGUGUAUGUUGCUGUAUCUGUAGAGGAGCCUGUCCAUGCCAACAUUUAUCAGCUGGAGUAUAG